AUGAAGAAGCCUACCUUUCCAAGGAGGUUAUACACAAGAGGGGCUGAACCGGAAGCCCAAAAGAGCAUCUCCUACGGCAGCAACGACAAAAAGCUAUUUGCUGCCGUGAAAAAACUACUGAGUGAUGCCGAGUGGGAAACACUAUGCGACUCGCGAGUUGGUGUCUUCUGCAAGUUUCACGACCUCGACUUCGCGUGGUCUUCGAAGUUGGUCCACACGAUGCUCUCAUAUCAGUUAGAGUGCAAGAAGAAGUAUGAGAUCUGGGUUGCGGUUACUCUAGAGAUGAGAGCAUUCUGGGAGAAGCUCGGAGUAGAUGUUGAGCUUGGUCCGAGUCAAGUGGAGAUCAUUCGUGCAUGCGAAUGGGCAACAGACUGGCCGAGUGAGGACAAACUUAGGCUUGGUUACUUGGCCAUCUACACUGGCUUCAUUGCUGCUCGGAAAAACACCUCGCACACUCCUGUCAACCUGGCCAGAUUAGUGAUGGAUGAAGAGGAGUUUGAGAAUUAUCCGUGGGGGCGUGUAGCUUUCAAGAACCUGAUCGAAGCCGUCAAAGAAGCAGAGCUAUGGAAGUCCGGGUAUGUCCUGGAUGGGUUUGUUGAGGCUCUACAAGUAUGGAGACCUGGGCCGGUGGAGGUGGAAGCCGGCGGACUGGAAUCCUCAAGGUGUUCUGGUGAAGAGUCCUAUACCCCCGGAGUCUGCGAAGAGGAAAAGAGCCUCUGCCCCUGGAGAUGA